CCGAGCAGUGCUGGGAAGUAUAGGCUGUGUUGUCACGCCGGUGUCAGUCUGAUGAAGAUUGGCAUCAGGUGAAGUCUGGAGCAGGACUCUGGGGUUCUCUGUCCUCCGUGCUGCUCACCAGAAAAGGGACUGUGAAUUGAACUUGGGCUCUGGCUGACUGGUUUUCUGGCCCAGCUGGGAGUGAGAAGAAGGGAGGAAGUCUCCCGAGGACUGUCUCAGAGGCUGCCAGGAUCACCUAAACAAUCCUCCAUGUGAAUCAACCCCAUGAUGCAACAUGCCUCCCCAGCCCCAGCUCUGACGAUGAUGGCCACGCAGAAUGUCCCUCCCCCACCCUACCAGGACGGCCCGCAGAUGACAGCAACUGCCCAGCCACCCUCCAAGGCCCAGGCUGUCCACAUCUCAGCACCCUCUGCUGCUGCCAGCACACCUGUGCCCAGUGCCCCCAUUGACCCCCAGGCACAGCUGGAGGCUGACAAGCGAGCUGUGUACAGGCACCCUCUUUUCCCGCUCCUGACGCUGCUGUUUGAGAAAUGUGAACAGGCCACCCAGGGCUCUGAAUGCAUCACCUCCGCCAGCUUUGAUGUGGACAUCGAGAACUUUGUCCAUCAGCAGGAGCAGGAGCACAAACCCUUCUUCAGCGAUGACCCAGAACUGGACAAUCUGAUGGUGAAAGCAAUCCAGGUGCUGAGAAUCCACCUGCUGGAGUUGGAGAAAGUCAAUGAACUCUGCAAGGACUUUUGUAACCGUUACAUCACCUGCCUCAAAACCAAGAUGCACAGUGAUAACCUGCUCAGGAAUGACCUCGGGGGGCCCUACUCCCCCAACCAGCCCUCCAUAAACCUGCACUCACAGGACCUCCUGCAGAAUUCUCCCAAUUCCAUGUCUGGAGUCUCCAAUAACCCCCAGGGGAUUGUGGUCCCAGCCUCAGCGCUUCAGCAAGGCAACAUCGCCAUGACAACUGUCAACUCACAAGUUGUGUCAGGUGGAGCCUUAUACCAGCCGGUUACCAUGGUAACCUCCCAGGGUCAGGUGGUCACACAAGCAAUCCCCCAGGGAGCCAUCCAGAUCCAGAACACACAGGUUAACCUUGACCUCACCUCCCUCCUGGACAAUGAGGAUAAGAAGUCCAAGAACAAAAGAGGAGUCUUGCCCAAGCAUGCCACCAAUAUAAUGCGUUCUUGGCUCUUCCAACAUCUCAUGCACCCCUACCCCACGGAGGAUGAGAAGAGGCAGAUCGCAGCCCAGACAAACCUCACCCUCCUUCAAGUAAAUAACUGGUUCAUCAACGCCCGGAGACGCAUCCUGCAACCCAUGCUUGAUGCCAGCAACCCAGACCCUGCCCCCAAAGCCAAGAAGAUCAAGUCGCAGCACCGACCCACCCAAAGAUUCUGGCCCAACUCCAUUGCUGCGGGGGUGCUGCAGCAGCAGGGUGGGGCCCCAGGAACGAACCCCGAUGGCUCCAUCAACUUGGACAACCUACAGUCCCUGUCCUCUGACAAUGCCACCAUGGCCAUGCAGCAGGCUAUGAUGGCUGCACACGAUGACUCAUUGGAUGGGACGGAAGAAGAGGAUGAAGAUGAGAUGGAAGAGGAGGAGGAGGAAGAACUGGAAGAGGAGGCAGAUGAGCUGCAGACGACGAAUGUCAGCGACCUGGGCUUGGAACACAGUGACUCCCUGGAGUAGUCAGGCAGCCCAGAUGGCACCGAUCACCGAGCAGGAGAGGAGUGUCGUCAGAAGGGCUUCAGGGUGGGGGGAGGGGGACAUGGGCAGGCAGCACUGGAGGAAGUUGGGCCCUAGCCUCCCACAAUCAGCAGCUUGAAGAAAUGCAGAGGAGACAUCCUGCUCCUUCCCAACCACCAAGCUUCAAUGAGAACCCCAACCCUACUUCCCUAGAACUGCCAAGGACUUCAUUUGGCAGGGCCAGUCAAGCAGUAUGGAAAGACAGGAAUGAGAUCUGGACUCACCCAAUCCCUGAUGAUAAAGGGCACCCACAGGCACCCCCACUGAAGGACUUGACUUGUUUACAAGCCCUGCACUGUAAGGCGGAUUGGUGCUGUUUGCAGAGUAAGCCUUUGCUGGAGACAGAACUAGGAAGAAAGGGGGAGACAAAAGGACCUGGGUUCCACCCCCAGAAGAUUUUCAGCUCCUUUGAGAGACAUUCGAGGGCUGAAGGGAGCCUAAAAGCAUAAUCAAUGGCUGGAGGAGGGGGAUGGGCUGAAGGCAUCACAUCUUGGAGGUCAGAGUGGGACCUGGAUUCCACAGGCUCCAGCUGAUUCCUCCAAGACCCCUGUUUCUGGGUACUGACAACCAUGGACAUGGCAGAGAGAGAUGGGAACCAACAGAACCUCCUUCUCUCUCUCCUGGAAACAGACUGCAAGCUGGUGAGCUCAGACUGUAGGAAGCUAAGAGAAGUCCCUUUAUUUGGGUUGGUUCCAGGGCCCCAGGAGAUGGCAGAACCUGGGUUGGUAGCCAUAUGAAGGCAGCCCUAGACAUUCACAGAACUCACCUCAUGUAACAACAGGACAAUGGUGUCUUACCCAGGGUGUCCCAGCCCUCAGUUGUGCUCCUCAGCUGCCCAGCCCUCCGCUGAUCUUCAGAGAGGGUGAAGCCAGGUUAGCUUGGAGUCUUUCCACCCCUGAGGUCCACCAUGGCCGUCCCUCUGCUCCCAAGCUGAUUCCAUAAGCCUGCAGCCUCCCUUCUUUAUUCUCUCCUUCAGAGAAGGCAGAAGAAACAUUGGAAAGAUUUAUCCAGACCAAUGUGAAGCCAGGGGUUGUAGAAGGUGCUACAUCCCUCUUCCAAUCAUAUCCCAAAUGUGGGGGAGGGCCCAGAGCAAUGCACCCAGGAGCCUGUGGUGGAGCCAACAGCCCACCCCGCCUCGCUGUUCUACGCACCACCAUUGCACACUCUACUGGAGGAACUGGGGCUCCCACCAGGAGGAGGCUUUCCAUCCAUCUGCCCUAACACGU